GCGGAUCCCCGAGCCCGGCUUUCGGCUCCGCGCGCUCCGCCCUGGCCUCGCAGGCUGCCGCGCCGGAGCGCCAGGUGCCCGCCGAAGUAGCAGGAAAAGAGCGGGUGCCCAGACCCUCCCCCGGCCCCCAACCUGCGGCGGAGAGCGGCGCCGAGACCUCUCUUGGGCGGGCGAGCGCUCGAGGACCUACAGGCUGCCACCCCGCCCCUCCCCUCGUCCCGGCGUCCGCGGGAUCCAGACCCGAACCCCGCACGGCGCCCGAGGUUCGUGCCCUCUCUCUGGACAGCGCCAACUGCCCCAUCGGUCGGGACGCGCUUGGAUUUCUUUCCCCAUUUCUUCUCUUUUAAGUACAAUAAAAGGAAAGGGGGAUUCUAGGAUUUUUUUAAAAAUUGCUUCUUUAAUUGGGAGGCAAUUCACUCCCAUUCUGGAGGUGCGGCCCCGGGAGGGGCCAGGAGCGGGAACGUGCCCGGUGCUGCCCAGUCUUUGUCUGCUGCCUCCGGAUGCACAGCGAUGGGGGAAUGGACCAUCUUGGAGAGGCUGCUAGAAGCCGCGGUGCAGCAGCACUCCACUAUGAUCGGGAGGAUUCUGUUGACUGUGGUGGUGAUCUUCCGGAUCCUCAUUGUGGCCAUUGUGGGGGAGACGGUGUACGAUGAUGAGCAGACCAUGUUUGUGUGCAACACCCUGCAGCCCGGCUGUAACCAGGCCUGCUAUGACCGCGCCUUCCCCAUCUCCCACAUACGUUACUGGGUCUUCCAGAUCAUAAUGGUGUGUACCCCCAGUCUUUGCUUCAUCACCUACUCUGUGCACCAGUCCGCCAAGCAGCGAGAACGCCGCUACUCUACUGUCUUCCUAGCUCUGGACAGAGAACCCCCUGAGUCCGUAGGAGGUCCUGGAGGAACUGGGGGUGGGGGCAGUGGUGGGGGCAAACGAGAAGAUAAGAAGUUGCAAAAUGCUAUUGUCAAUGGGGUGCUACAGAACACAGAGAACACCAGUAAGGAGACAGAGCCAGAUUGUUUAGAGGUUAAGGAGCUGACUCCACACCCAUCAGGGCUACGCACUGCAUCAAAAUCCAAGCUCAGAAGGCAGGAAGGCAUCUCCCGCUUCUACAUUAUCCAAGUGGUGUUCCGAAACGCCCUGGAAAUUGGGUUCCUGGUGGGCCAAUAUUUUCUCUAUGGCUUUAGUGUCCCAGGGUUGUAUGAGUGUAACCGCUACCCCUGCAUCAAGGAGGUGGAAUGUUAUGUGUCCCGGCCAACUGAGAAGACUGUCUUUCUAGUGUUCAUGUUUGCUGUAAGUGGCAUCUGUGUUGUGCUCAACCUGGCUGAACUCAACCACCUGGGAUGGCGCAAGAUCAAGCUGGCUGUGCGAGGGGCUCAGGCCAAGAGAAAGUCAAUCUAUGAGAUUCGUAACAAGGACCUGCCAAGGGUCAGUGUUCCCAAUUUUGGCAGGACUCAGUCCAGUGACUCUGCCUAUGUGUGAGAGGGCAGGUUUCAUGAAGGUCUGGAGGACGGCAAGGAGCCCCAAAGCAGAUGACUGCUCAGAGGUGGCUGUAUCUACCCUCAUUUAUGUGACCCUCACCAUUAAGAUGUAGGAUAAGACUGGAUAAAAGAAGAUUUUGCAUCAAUGGGAGAAGAGGAAAAGUGGAACCAUUUUCACAUAUCACCUAAUUGGUUCCACAGAGACAAUUGGGUAGAGUGAUGAAAUGGAUCAAUUAGACUUCUUUGGGCCCUUUCUGUUUAUGGCCCAGCCUGAUCCUGAUAACGCUGAACUUGCACAGCUACCAAGUAGGACUUAGCCCUGCUGAGCUCUUUAUUCUGGUGAAUGGUGUGAGUUGAGUACUUCAUUGAUAUAAAAUCUGUGACCUAUCUCAACCCAUCCCUUUAUCCUGAGCCAUGGGACAAACAUCCUUGAGGCACCCUUCAUGUAUCUCCCCCACCAGCAUGCCCCUUUCCCUCAAUCCAGAAUAGCAUGCCAGCUUUUUUUUUUUUUCUUCAGAAUCUGGCCUUACAUUAGACCUAAUAUGGUUUAUUUGCAAACUUAGAGGGAAUUACAUGGGGUGCUUAUUGGAGAAUGGCCAUGGCAGAGGUUUUCAUUAGAGCCCCAUCUGACUGGCCCUUAGUCAUGAUGAAAACCUUAGGAAUGUCUCAAUAUUUCCAAUUUUCUAACUCAAACUGCACUGGUGCUGUUUACUAGGGAUGGGGGAUGGGUGGGAGGGAGGGAAUUGCAAUAUGCAACUACAAUACUUUUGUGAGAUUGUUGUUGCACUGUUAGGCACAUGCUUAUGAGCGUCAGGAUAUUUCUGCCUUCCAGCUUGUGGACUUUGGUUAACAUUAAAAAGAUUUUUUUUGGUUAAUAUCAAGAGUGUCUACCUGAGCCACAGCAUUUGUAACUGGUGUAUCUCACUCAUUUUCUCACAUAGUUUUGUUGUGCAACACAGCUGCACAGUCAUUUUGCCAUGAUUUGAAUUUACCUGUGUGCUUACACCAGAGACCUUAAUCGUCCCAUGUCAAUCCUGAUUUAUUAUAUUUUCAGUUACUUUUUGAAACACACACACACAUACACAUACACAUACAAAAUUACUGGCUUAAAAGACCUGGAACUAAACACUAUUGGCUCACAUAUGUUUACGGUGACUUAUUUGAGACAUAUACCAAAGGUUCAAAAACCUAUUGCAUUGGACUGUCAAUAUGUUUCCUUCUUUUUGCUCUUAUUUAUUUAAGUGCCAUACUGUACCUUUCAUAUCCACUUUGUAUUUAGUUAAAAUAUUGGCCAAGAGAAAUAUCUGGGUAAUGUGCUUUUAUGAAGCGCUUUGUUCCCUUUGAAUUAUCAUUAUCAUUUUUGAUUUAGAUAUGGACAUGGUGUAACACACAACUAAGAAUUUGUUUAAAAUAAAGUUCUUGCCUUUUUUUGUAAAAUGGGAAGAGUCUGCACUUUUUGAUUGGGGGUAUAUUUAUUUAAAUGCAUGAUCAAAAAUGUUAUAACAGCAAAACAUUGGGGGUAGGAAGUAAGUGAUGGUUGAAUAAUAUUUGAGGAAUGACCAAUAAAAUUCAAUCAGCCACUAACAGAUGAA